AUGAACAACACGGCAGCCGGCCACAUAGCCAUCCGCCUCUGGUGCAUCCCUCCUCCACGUGCCGCCAGCUCGCCUCCACCUUCAGCCGCUGCUCCCACGGGCGCCACACAAGCCUCCUCUGAGUCCCCCCCAGCGUCCUCAUCGUGGCAUCAGCUGGCCGGCUGUGUGCAGCGCUUCCCUCCUCCCACCCACUUGCUCUGCCUCCCCCGGCGCUGCCCAGCCAGCCCAGGGGGAAAGAUUGGCAACGUGGGUGGGAGGCAGGCGAGUGGGCAGGCGUGCAGCAGAGUCGGCAUGGGCAGUGCAAAGGACAGGCAGAAGGCGGGUGGACGGUUGGAGGAGGUGAGGGAGUGGGUGGAGGGGGCGUGUGCGGUGAGGGAGGAGGGCGAGUGGAUGGUGGUGGUGGCCUGUGAAGACACGGGCGGUGGUAUACCACCCGAGGAGAUGCAGUGGGUGCUGGACCCACAUGGCCUCGCUUACCAAUCACCGCACGAGAUGCACAGUAACGGGCAGCAUAAAGUCAUGGAGAGGAUACGGUCGCUGGGGAGGGCAGAGUCAUGGAAGGGCCUGGGAAGGGCAGACUCGUGGAAGGGCCUGGGGCGGCAAAGGGAGCGCAGCACGUGGGAUCCGUUGCAGCGCGAUCGCAAGGCAGCUGCUGGCCCCCGCUGGACGCCCUACCCUGUUCGCUUCCUGCUCUCUACCUCCCUUGUGGCGGAGAUGCGGGGGGGCAUGGCAGUGCUGUCAGACGCCUCCACAGGCACCACCAUUCUGCUGGCGCUGCCCAUGGGCGGAGGGGACAACGCUGGUAGCAAAGGGGAGGAGAAUGGAGAGAAAUUUGGCGAGUUAGAAGGUGCUGAUGAGGAGCGAGAGAGCGGAACGCAGGAGGAGCUAGCCAGUGGAGCUCCUGCUCUGACUCGUGCCGCCGCUGCCUCGGUGCAACCUGCUCCGCCACCACCGCAGCGGCCAGCAGCAGGGGCGCGGCGGGCGCUGGUGCGUGCACAGACGUGUCCGCAAGUGGAGCUGGAGAGGGGAAUGGGGGGCGGGGAGGGCGUGGGGGAGGCGGAGCGGGUGGUGCGGGGGGCGGUCGCGGGGCGGCGGGUGGCGGUGGUGGAUGACAACGCGGUGAACCGCAUGGUGGCGCGCAGAACGCUGCAGGGCUACGGGGCGCACGUGCUGCUGCUGUGCUCCGGGGAGGAUGCGCUGCAAGCGCUCUCAUCUGCCACGCCCUCCCCGCCCAUCCACCUGCUGCUCCUCGACCUCCACAUGCCGCCCGGGAUCGACGGGUCCGUGCCUUGCUGA